GCAGCCGAUCAGCCCCAUGGAGUCCUCCCCAUUCACCGACCUGGUCCACGCCCUCGCCACGGCCCAGCAAAGCCAGCACCAGGCGCUAGUCACCCUCCGAAAGGAACAAGAACGGUGCUUCGAGGCCCUGGUGCUGGCCCAGCAAGAAGAUCGAGAGGCAUUCUGGCACCUCCUCGUGUCGGCGGGGUCCACCAGCGCUCCCACCGCGGGCCCGUCCCCCCUCACCCUAACCAAGAUGGGUCUGCAGGACGACCCCGAGGCAUUUAUCACGCUCUUCGAGCAAGUAGCAGAGGCCUCGGGGUGGCCGAUGGAGCAGGGCAUGGCGCGCCUCCUCCCCCUGCUAACGAGAGAGGCGCAGUUGGCCGUGCUACGGCUCCCUGCCGACCGCCGGCUGGCCUACACGGACUUCCGCCGGGCUGUCCUCCAGUGUGUGGGGCGCACCCCAGAGCAGCAGUGCCAGCGCUUCCGCGCUGUGCGCUUGGAGGAAGUCGGCCGGCCAUUUGCGUUUGGCCAGCAACUCCAGGACGCCUGCUGGCAGUGGCUGAGGGCCGACAACUGCGAUGCCGAGGGAAUCGUCGACCAGGUGGUGCUGGAGCAGUUCAUCACGUGCCUGCCAACAGGAACCGCGGAGUGGGUCCAGUGCCACCGCCCGGCGUCGCUGGAUCGGGCCAUCGAGCUGGCGGAGGACCAUUUGGCGGCUGUUCCGGUGGCAGGACAGCAGACAGCCUCUUCUCUUCUCUUCUCUCCUCUUCUCUCUCUCUCUCUCUCCCCCUCCUCCUGUGUCCCGUCCUCGCCCCAUUCCCCCACCGCGGAGGUGGGGGCCGGCACCACCCCAGCCGGCCCGCCGCACCCGCGGUGCCCUCUCAUUUCUCCCUUCUGUGUCUGUCUCUCCCCCCCUCAGGUGAGUGAGCCCCAGAACACCGGUGAAGAGAGGAAGCCCGGGCCGGUUUGCUGGCGCUGCGGGGAACCGGGCCACCUCCAACAGCAGUGCACGGCAAUGGAAGUGGGCGCAGUGGUUCGGAUCCCCGACAUGCCAGGAGCCGCCCUCGAUCAGGCCAGAGCGUAUCGCAUACCGACUGAUGCAUCGGACAGAGGGCUGGGGGCGGUUUUGUCCCAGGAGGUGGAGGGGGAGGACAGCCCCGUCCUGUACAUCAGCAGGAAGCUGUCGGUGCGUGAGGGGCGCUACAGCACCAUAGAAAAAGAGUGUCUGGCGAUCAAGUGGGCGGUCCUCGCCCUCCGUUACUACCUGCUGGGGCACCCUUUCACCCUCUGUUUGGACCACGCGCCCCUCCAGUGGCUCCACUGCAUGAAAGAUGCCAACGCGCGGAUCACCUGUUGGUAUCUGGCACUCCAACCCUUCAGUUUUAAGGUGGUCCACAGGCCGGGGGUGCAGAUGGUCGUAGCGGACUUCCUCUCCCGUCAAGGGGUGGGGAGUCGGCUGCAGGCUGGACGGCCGCCCGACCUGAGUCGGGCAGUGGGGGUAUGUGGUAGCGGGGGCGUGGUCAAGCGCCGGUCUGGGACAGGAGGGCGGAGUCAGGGAAGGUAAGUGGCAGAAUCACUACACCUGAUGGCAAUUAACCUGUGUUUGUGUGUGUCUUCCCAGUGACCAUGCCCUAUUUAGGUAGGGAGAGCGAGAGCAGAGGAGCUCAUCCCCGAACUAGAUGCCAGUUGUGCGUGUGUCUGUUUGGUGUUCAGAUUGUUCACUGAAAAGUGUGGCAAUAAAGCCUAUUUUUGAACCUGAUCUCUGUCCAGCCGUCCUCUGUGCUCCACCCACGCAUACUGAA